CCAGGAUUUCUCUCUUCCUAUUUCAGAAGGACUCUCACAGGCUCCCUCAGUCUGUGUGAAGCUGAGGUUUCCUCCGGAUCCCGUAUAUCCCCAACACAAACCUCCACGCACACACAGCCCCAAGAACCCCGCGCUCACACCAACAUAUACACGCGCGCACACACUCGCGCUCGCCUGUCCACCUCCCUCCCGGGAGAGCCGGCGCGCGUUCCCACCUUCGCGGCGCACUCUAGCCAGCAGAGCUCGCAGCGCUCUGGGAUUCUGCGGCUCGGGACUCGGAUCGCAGCUCUGAACCCCCAUGGUCAUUUUUUAAACAUUUUUUCCUUCCCCUCUUCUUCAUUUUUUAUUGCACCGUUUUCGAUUUGAGGGGAUAGCGAAGCAAGGCGGCUGCUUCCCCAGCCAGCCCUGGUUGGCUUUCCAUCCUCCAUCUGGCUUAUAAAAGUUUGCUGAGUGCAGUCCAGAGGGCUGCGCUGCUGGUCCCCUCGGCUGGCGGAAGGGGGUGACUCUGGGCAGCGGCAAGGAGCGCGCCGCUGGCUCUGGCGGGCUUUCGGCUUGAGGGGCAAGGUGAAGAGCGCACGGGCCCUGGGGUUUACCGAGCUGGAUUUGCAUGUUGCACCAUGCCUUCUUGGAUCGGGGCUGUGAUUCUUCCCCUUUCGGGGCUGUUGCUGUCCCUCCCGGCCAGGGCGGAUGUGAAAGCUCGGAGCUGCGGCGAGGUCCGGCAGGCGUACGGUGCCAAGGGAUUCAGCCUGGCGGACAUCCCUUACCAGGAGAUCGCAGGGGAACACUUAAGAAUCUGUCCUCAGGAAUACACGUGCUGCACCACAGAAAUGGAAGACAAGCUGAGCCAGCAGAGCAAACUAGAAUUUGAGAACCUCGUGGAAGAGACCAGCCAUUUUGUGCGGACCACUUUUGUGUCGAGGCACAAGAAGUUUGAUGAAUUUUUCCGAGAACUUCUAGAAAAUGCAGAGAAGUCCCUCAAUGACAUGUUUGUCCGGACCUAUGGGAUGCUCUACAUGCAGAAUUCAGAAGUGUUCCAGGACCUCUUCACGGAGCUGAAGAGAUAUUACACUGGGGGCAACGUGAACCUCGAGGAGAUGCUGAAUGACUUCUGGGCUCGGCUCCUGGAACGAAUGUUCCAGCUGAUCAACCCUCAGUAUCACUUCAGUGAGGACUACCUGGAGUGCGUGAGCAAAUACACUGACCAGCUGAAGCCAUUUGGAGAUGUGCCCCGGAAGCUGAAGAUUCAGGUCACCCGUGCCUUCAUUGCUGCUCGCACCUUUGUCCAGGGGCUGACCGUGGGCAGAGAGGUUGCAAACCGGGUUUCCAAGGUCAGCCCCACCCCCGGGUGCAUCCGUGCUCUCAUGAAGAUGCUGUACUGCCCAUACUGUCGAGGCCUUCCGGCUGUGAGACCAUGCAACAACUACUGCCUCAAUGUCAUGAAAGGCUGCCUGGCGAAUCAGGCCGAUCUGGACACGGAGUGGAAUCUGUUUAUAGAUGCAAUGCUCUUGGUGGCAGAGCGACUGGAAGGGCCUUUCAACAUCGAGUCCGUCAUGGACCCCAUAGAUGUCAAGAUUUCUGAAGCCAUUAUGAACAUGCAGGAGAACAGCAUGCAGGUGUCUGCCAAGGUCUUUCAGGGAUGUGGCCAGCCUAAACCUGCUCCGGCUCUCAGAUCUGCCCGAUCGGCUCCUGAAAACUUUAAUACACGCUUUAGGCCCUACAAUCCCGAGGAAAGACCCACCACUGCUGCAGGCACAAGUUUGGACCGGCUGGUCACAGACAUAAAAGAGAAAUUGAAGCUCUCUAAAAAGGUCUGGUCGGCAUUACCCUACGCCAUCUGCAAGGACGAGCGCGUGACAGCGGGCACUUCCAACGAGGAGGAGUGCUGGAAUGGCCACAGCAAAGCCAGAUACUUGCCUGAGAUCAUGAAUGACGGGUUGACCAACCAGAUCAAUAACCCUGAGGUGGAUGUGGACAUCACACGGCCAGACACCUUCAUCAGACAGCAGAUCAUGGCUCUGCGUGUGAUGACCAACAAAUUGAAGAAUGCCUACAAUGGCAAUGACGUCAACUUCCAGGACACCAGUGAUGAAUCCAGCGGCUCAGGGAGUGGCAGUGGGUGCAUGGAUGAUGUGUGUCCUACAGAGUUUGAGUUUGUCACCACGGAGGCCCCUGCAGUUGACCCCGACAGGAGAGAAGAGGACUCUUCUGCUGCCGGGCUUGGCCACUCCCUGCUCUCAUGGUCCCUGGUCUGCAUGGUGUUGGCACUGCAGAGACUGUGCAGAUAAUCCUGGGUUUUGGUCAGACGAAACUGCAUUUUAGCUAUCUGAGUGGCCAACUCCCUUCCUUUCUUACACUCUUGGACAAUGGACUAUACCACAAAAACUUACCGUUUUCUAUGAGAAGAGAGCAGUACUGAGAUCUGCCUCCCUUUUUGUUUUCCCAAAGAGUACCGGGUGCCAGAUGAACCGCUUCCUCUUUUCAGCUAUCUGUGGGGACUUUGUUUAUUCCAGAGAGAAUUCUUACUCCAAUCUUUCGUACCAGGAGAUUUUCUUACCUUCAUUUGCUUUUAUGCUGCAGAAGUAAAGAAGUCUCACGUUGUGAGUUUUUUCUCCCCCCUCCCCAUUUAAAAAAUUAAAAGGUAGGAAGAAAAUAAUUUUCCUUUUAAAAUCAGGCCAAACCCCAAGACAACUGCAUUUUCAACAAAGAAGCAACAAAAGAGCAAAAUAAAGGAACUGCAAUGCUCUAGGUUCUGCAUUGACAGCCAACUCCCAGGGUAAGCUUUUCUGUGACAAUUCAGGUUUACAAAAUGCUUAUGGGAAGAAAGCUUGAAAUUGUUUUAAAAUGUAGUAAAAUUACACUGUUGUCUUGGAGGUGCCAUCUUGCACUCUAACCACAAAUACCAAAUUGAUUUGGAGGUACUGAUAAUCAAUUUAGAAUUCCAUCUUUAA